UUGUGAAGCAGUCGGGGCUCUUAACCACUGAGCUCCAGAGGCAUUGAUAUCAGGGUGCACCCUCCGGCCGGUGCAGUGAGUUGCAUUAUUGCAGCUUUGCAUGGAGACCUUGUAGCUGAGCGUGUCACGCAGCGUGUCACCUUUAUCACACUGAGAGGGAUGACUUGUCACCUGAUGUGUGACAUGGGCGGCAGGGACGGGGGGAGCUGUGGAUAUAAAUGCGGGGAGAGAUUGGCUGGCACAAAGGCUAUUAUAACCAGUCACCACCAGCUGCACAGCGUGACGGAGGCUGCAGGACGGGCGACAGCCUGAAACACGGCGGCAGAUGGCGGAAUUCAUCGCUGGAGCUCUGGGAGGGGCGUGCGGAGUGAUGGUCGGGUACCCCCUGGAUACCGUGAAGGUGCGAAUUCAGACUCAGACAAACUACACCGGAAUAUGGCACUGCAUCUGUUCUACUUACAAAGUGGAGAAAGUGUCUGGAUUCUUCAAAGGGAUGUCAAUGCCAAUGUCCACCGUGUCCGUCAGCUCAUCGAUUGUUUUUGGGGUCUAUAGGAACUGCCUGUACAAUCUGUGCAAACUGAAAUACGGGACGCCAAACGUCAAGCCGUCCAAACUGGAUAUCUUCCUAUCUGGCUAUGCAGCUGGAGGAAUACAGGUCUUGGUGUCAUCGCCUGCAGACAUGGCGAAGGUUCGGCUCCAGACGCAGGUGUCUCCGCACCGUUCCAGCGCGAGCGCCCUCCUGACCCAACCUAAGUACUCCGGCCCCGUCCACUGUCUGCUGACUAUAGCCAAGGAGGAAGGGUUUCUCGGGUUAUAUAAAGGCUGCUUCGCUCUUAUGUUCAGAGACUGCCAUUCGUUUGCUACUUACUUCCUCUCGUAUGCCGUCUUCCGAGAAUGGUUUGUGCCGCUGCAGCAAAGUCAUUCGGAAUUAAUGGGCAUCCUCCUGGCCGGUGGCCUUGCCGGGGUGGUGGCAUGGAGCAUUGCCACGCCUAUGGAUGUGAUUAAGUCUCGGCUGCAAGUAGAUGGCGUCACACAGCGGAGGUACCGAGGGGUCGUCCACUGCAUCACUGACAGCGUGCGGCAGGAGGGGGUCACGGUCCUCUUUAAGGGAUUGUCGCUGAACUGCCUCAGAGCCUUCCCCGUCAAUAUGGUGGUCUUCCUCACCUAUGAAGCCAUACUAAAGCAAAUCAAACCUUUCUCCACGUGAGGAGCCUCUGUGGACGGACGCUGCUACCAAAGCCCAAAAUAGUGGCCCAAAAGACUUCAUGGUCUCAUGGAUGGUCAGCUGGGACGAGCCAUGGACUGCAGGCACUAAUGACCACAUCAGUAAUUAAUUAUAAGGCUUGAGCACCUUCCAAGCAGGGAUCAAUACUGGAGAGGUCCUUGGACUUUCUGUAGGUGGCGGAGAUUUCCCUGGACAUCCAGAAGAUGACUGCUGCUGGUCAAGAAUGAUCUAUUUUUUAGGCUUAAAGACAACAAUUUAUAAAGGGGCGGGGGGGGGGGGGGAGGAGGAUAUCUUCUCUGCUCUAUUGACCUUGUUGUUCAUAAUCACAAUGAGACUUUUUCCAUUUAGUCAUAGCAGGGUAGGUCACUCUGGCAGCUGCCACUAGAGGGAGCUCACUGCACACAGAUAUAUACUACUCCCAUUGAGUUCAAUAUUUACAGUAUAAAUCUAUAUGCCGAGAGCUCCCCCUAGUGGUGGCUGCAGAAUGUUAGUUAAACCAAGAAGGUCCUAUAGAUAUAAUAUGAACGAUGCACCUCUGGUGGACAGGGUGUAACUAUCAUGUGCCAUGGUGUCCCCUAGGCACCAGGGCUCAUGUGUGACGACUGCCUCUGCACCCCUCUAUGUAAUGUGGGGGACUUUAAGGGGCUUAUUGAUUUUAGUGAUAGGACCCUGUAAUUUGUGUGAUUGGGAACAACCCUCUCUGUUAUCUCCAUAUGUUCUACUAGUGUAUAUGAGUAAAUAACACUGUCACCCCUGUAAUAUUCAGAGGCGUUACUGUAUAUUAAAUGUAUAUAUUGUA